AGUUAGAGCGCAAUAUUAUGCAGAGAUAUGCGCCUGUGGUGAUACUUGCUAUUUAAUAGUUCUGCCAUUGUUACUACGUUUACCAGGGGCUUAAUUAAAACACGGAACAUAUUCAUUUAGAUAUUUAAAGCAGGGGUGUUUACGAUUGUUGAAAUUACCUAGUCUAUAUAUUUUGAACCGUUCUAGUUCUACGAAAUCCCGACAGGUCCAUUUUAAUGUGUGGUUCAGGGCUGACGAUUGGUUAUUUGUGGCUAACGCUAGAAAAAAGAAAAAAAACCGAUGAGGCGGGAAGCGCGUGGACAGUUGUCUCUCGGACGACAAUAUGAGACGCAAAAUCAGUUAGCAGUUAAUAGAUUUAUUCACGUAGAUUGAAUGAGCUGAACUGAAGUUGUUUCCAUGGCUUGUGAGCAACAGUUGAGACAAUCGCAGGGCACAAAUUUGCUGCCAAAUGAAGUUACCACAGAACAGCAGUCCUUGAUUGUGGUGAAGAAACUUCUGGCUAUAGCUGUCUCCUGCAUCACGUAUCUUAGGGGUCUGUUCCCAGAAAAGGCGUAUGGGAGCAAAUACGUGGAAGAGCAGAAGGUGAUGAUACUGAGAGAACAGCGGAGCUGCCCUGGAGCCAGUCAGAUUGUCCAGUGGAUGCAUGGAUGCUUUGAUGCUCUUCAGAAAAAAUAUCUGCGACUGGUUGUUCUGUCUAUUUACACAGAUCCUGAACAUCCCCAGAAAGUUACAGAAUGCUACCAGUUCAAAAUCCAAUACACUGAUACGGGACCUCAAAUGGAAUUUGAAAGCCGCAACAACAAGAAAGUGGCAAAGAUGGCCUGUAGCAACGUGAAGAAGGCCAGCGUCCUCCUGGUGCGCAAGCUCUACAUGCUGAUGCAGAACCUGGGGCCCCUGCCUGACAGCGUUUGUCUCAACAUGAAGCUUUCCUACUACGACGAAGUUACACCUCAGGAGUACGAGCCUCCUGGCUUCAAGGAGGGAGACAGCGACAGCAUGAUGUUUGAGAGAGAGCCUGUGAACCUGACCAUGGGGGAGGUGGUCACCCCCUUUCACACCCUGAGGGUGGAUGUGACUACAGAGAAGGAGAGGCUGGAACAGGUUUGUGACGCUGAGCCUGUGUGUAAGGCAGAACAAGGAGCCCUGGAGAUGGAGGAAGCAGAACAGGCGUCCAUGAGCAACAGUCAGCCCAUCAAACAGUGUCGUAUACCAGUGUUGAAAGACAGGAAGGAUUGUAAUCACAAUCAAGCUGACGUGUCAGAAGUGCAGGUGAGCAGCCAGGAAGAUGUGAAGACGUGUGAGGAGAAACUGGACAGUUCACACCUCUCUCAGAUUGACAGUCUGGUGAAGAAGCCCUCAGACGUAGGGGAGACCUUGAAGAGGACCAGAAGUGGCCGUGUCAUUGCGCCCACAGUGGAGAGAAAGGACACAACGGUGUGCAACACCAUCAAGAAUAAAUCCAUUCCUCAGAUGAAUAAAAAGAUGUCCCAAUUUGCAUUCCCCAGCAGUCAAGGUCAAGACUCUAUCCCAAAGAGACGCAAGUUCAGUGAGCCAAAGGAGCAGUACUGAAAAACAGCAAGUGAAAUUUCUGGAAGUUUAUGGUUGACAAAGAAGCAUAUUGUACUGUUAUUUCUGCUUGAGUUGUCACAACUGCCAAACACAUUGUUCCACACAUUUUAUGUUUUUGACUGGAGGAAAAAUUACAUUGGUCAAGCCUCAUAAAGUUUAAGUCAGUGGUAAUGGGCUGGCAAUUUAUACAUAGUUAUGACUGAACUGCAUGUAUGAAUCUGUUUUUGUACUGUAAUGUUAUUGCCCUGUUAUUUUUGCCAUUUAAAAAAGAGAAAUUGAAACCCUUGGGCAUAUUGAACUGCCUGUGGCGAA